AUGGUGAAGUUGUCAUCGAUGAUUGUGGUGGGUUGUUCUCCGUCUGUCGUCGUUGAACUGAACUGUGUCGCUGUUGCUGUUAUCUUCUGUCGAUGGACAGCGACGGCAUUGGUAAUGUUGGUUGAUGACAACAACGUUGAUGACGAGACGACGACGAUGGGGAUGACACAAGUUUGGAUUGAUGAAGAUGGCAGACGAAAGGCAUCGGAAUAA